GGUCCUGCGGCUGUGAACUUAUUCCAGGAGGUGGUCAACACCCCCUAACGCUCGAGGUUUUAAACGAAAGGCGUGGGGGCGGCGGCGUCUCCUUCACGUGAUAGGGUUCGGAGUGCGCAAGCGCGUCAUGCUACGCCCCGCGAACUGGGGGUCGGUCAAGGUCUGCGCCUGCGCGGGCUCCAGAGCUCGCCGAUCCGCCGGCCGGCGGCUACCAGGCGUGGAGCCGGGCGCCCGCGGCGAUGGGUGAGUGCGAGAAGAACGCGAGAGGGGAGCACGAGGUUUCCCUCGGCCUCGUGGUGGAGGGCACGGACGCACGGAGGAGGAUCUGACUGAGGAGGCCGCCCGGCCGGGUCCCUAAGCGCGUUCGCACAGUCCCCCCCGCGACGCCGGUUCAGUUCUCCGUUCCCGAGGUUCGCGGCUCCCGGCGUCCACGCCUGUUCCCGGGCUUCGCUGGGCCCGGGACGGGGUCUUGCUACCGGAGCGAGCUUUUCCCGCGCAGAAAGGAGGCUGUGCGUUCUUUCGGGCGCGCCCCGAGUAGGGAGGUGCCUCGCUGCGCGCUCUAGCCGCAGGGCGGGGAGGGGCCGGGCUCUGCUUGCGCCCCGGGAGAAGGGCGGUGCUGGGACGGCAGGAGGGCCCCCGCCCCCUGGGGUCUGGGAUUCCGGACCCCAGACGCUAUUGAACGUCGGAGACGGAAGGGGCAAUCCUGUCCUACUCCCUCGCCUCCUUGCCCGUCCUCUUCUCACAGAUUGGCCAAAUGGACGCCUGCAGAGAGGAAACCCAAUUAUCAAAAUUGACUCCAGAAGAGAGAACCUAACAGACCAUUAACAAUGGAAGAAAUUGAGCACGUUAUCAAAAAGCUACCAUUCCUCAAAACACCAGGCCCAGAUGGUGUUACAGGUUAAAAAGAAUCCAUGAAGAAGAAAGAUCUUAAGCCACGAGCCACAUGAUGGAUUCAGAAGCUCAUGAAAAGAGGUCUCCCAUCAUAACAUCUUCCAAACAAGAUAUAUCACCUCAUAUUACAGAUGUCGGUGAAAUCAAACAUUAUUUGUGUGGCUACUGUGCAGCUUUCAACAACGUAACGAUCACAUAUCCCAUUCAGAAGGUCCUCUUUCGGCAACAGCUUUAUGGAAUCAAAACCAGGGAUGCAGUGCUUCAGUUGAGGAGGGAUGGAUUUCGAAACUUGUAUCGAGGAAUCCUCCCCCCGUUGAUGCAGAAGACCACGACACUAGCACUUAUGUUCGGUCUGUACGAGGAUUUGUCCUGCCUUCUCCGGAAGCACACCAGUACCCCAGAGUUUGUAGCCCGCAGCAUGGCAGCGUUGCUUGCGGGGACAACGGAAGCAAUUUUCACUCCAUUUGAAAGAGUUCAGACAUUGCUUCAAGACCACAAGCAUCAUGACAAGUUCACAAACACUUACCAGGCUUUCAGAGCACUGAAGUGCCAUGGAAUUGGAGAGUAUUAUCGAGGCUUGACACCUAUUCUUUUCCGCAACGGCUUCAGCAAUAUCCUGUUCUUUGGCCUCCGGGGCCCCAUCAAGGAGCACCUGCCCACCGCAACAACUCACAGCGCUCAUUUGGUCACCGAUUUUAUCUGCGGAGGGCUGUUGGGCGCCGUGCUGGGAAUCUUGUUUUUUCCACUUAAUGUUGUAAAAACUCGCAUGCAGUCUCAGAUUGGUGGGGAAUUCCAGUCUUUUCCCAAGGUUUUCAAAAAAAUCUGGUUAGAACGGGACAGGAAACUGACAAAUCUUUUCAGAGGUGCCCAUCUGAAUUACCAUCGGUCCCUCAUCUCUUGGGGCAUAAUCAAUGCGACCUAUGAAUUCCUGUUAAAGGUUAUAUGAAAGAAAUCAUCAGUUAAGUGCCAUUUAUUAACUGACUAGACCUUCAAAGAAGAAAGCAGUUUGGCCUUGUCCCUAAUUGGCCAAAUGUCAGUUGGUGUCAUAAGUUCAGGGCACAGUGAGUUACAGGCAAAGCUGUUCUCCUUAAGCACCAACAAAUUCAGAAUAAAAUGUUUCAAUAGGAAAAUUUAAGGGUUUUGGGUUCUGGGUUUUCUGAUUAUUACCUGGGAACUUGAGGCUCAUUGCCUUGUUAAGACCUCUUUAUCUGAUGCAUCACUUUUGACAAGGGAACUCAUAACUGCGAUGGUCUUCUUGUCUGGAGUCUCCAGCCCUCCAUACAGAGGUGUCAGUGGCCAUGACCAGCUGGAGAAAAGGCUCUUAGGGCCCCUCGAAUUCUCAGGCUUGCUUUUAUUACUCCAUUUCUUGCUUCUCUGUUCUUAGAAGUUGUAAAAAGCAUUCGUCUUUGCUAAACGUAAGCAUAUACACCAGAGGACAAAGGAGCAGGACAGAGAAGAAAAGAGCUUCAUAGGCGUAGGCUUUUUGUGAUAAAUUGCUUGUAUUCGUUUCUGAAACAAAGCACCUGUCGGGUGGUCAUUACCAGACUCUUUCUGUUCAGACACGGUAGACUUGAGCAGGCAGUGAAAGCUCCCAUUUUGCUUUCUAGGUUUCAAGUUUUCUGCUUAGUUCUGAAUGUGACCUUAAACCUGUCCAUAAUAACCUCAUGUUGAUUUCACUGAUUUCAUAGCCAAAAGAAGGGGAGACUUAAAUUUUGUCAUAAGCAUUUCAUCCUAAGUUUUAUAUUAAUUUCAUUCAAAUCAAAUUCUCUCUAGUUCAAUGUCUUUUUUUUUUUAAGAUACUAUUUAUUUUUUUAGAGAGAGGGGAAGGGAGAGAGAAAAGGAGAGACAUCAGUUUGUUGCCUCUCAUACAUACCCCAAACGGGGACCAAACCUGCAACUCAAGCAUGUGCCCUGACCCGGAAUCGAACCGGUGACCUUUCGUUCUGCAGGACAGUGCCCAACCAACCGAGCCAUCUGGUCAGGGUUCUUUAGCUCAAUUUCUUUGAAUUAUUGUUGCCAACUUAGUAAACAGCUUUGGCUAUUUUUUCCCUUUGGAUAGUAGUUUGUCUUAUUCAAGUAUUCCAUUUUCUUGAAACUCCUUUUAAAAAAGAAAAACACUGCCAUAAAAUUUUAUUUUGGAAGUCGAAGAGGAUCUCAUUUUUUUUUUUUCUGGUUUCUAAAUGUUUUGGGGGAGGGAAAUCAGGAUAGCUUUCACCUUGCAGUGUUCGUGCUUUUUUUUAUUUUGGAAAUAGAAACUUCUGUUAGGAUUUUUACAUUUUGGGAACCCAAUUUUACCCUUUUAUCAUUAAAGCAGUUUGAGAGGAUAAAAUCUAAAUUUGAAGGAUUAAUUUUAAAUUUCUAGAAGUUGGUAAAAUAGCUGGUUAGAUUGAUUAUUCAUGCCUUACCUAGCAAGAAUUUCUUGUCAAAGGACAUAUUUUAAAAUGUUUUCUCCAGAUAAGGCAAAAUGGCUCAUAUACCAAUUGAAUAAUUAAUAAAACACAGAAAACAUCUAGAAAAGCCGUUUAUCUUCUAAAAACCGAUGUCUGUAAAUACGUGAUCAAGACAGUUCUCUGGCAUCUGACAUGGUAGAGUAGCUAGGUUUCUUACUGCUAGUUUUUCAUCGUUCUGGGUAAUUGCAUAUGGAAACGUGCACACUGACCAAAAUAAAAUCAGGGUCUCAAUUGGUAGUUUACUCAGUUUCUGGGCAGAUAGUCCAAAAAAAGAUGUUUACCUCUACAUGCAGUAUGGCUGGACAAAUAAAAUAAACAUCCUUCAAACCAAAAGGAUUAGAAAGCAUAAUCAAGCAUUUGUUAGACAGUAAUCAAGCUCAGGAGAUUUACAACUGCUCUGUUUGACAAUGUGCUAGAUGGCAGUUUACUUUAGCAACACAGGUGCAAACGUAAAAAUUUCAGAACACAGUGUCACCAAAUAAAUGUGAGUAGCCUGUCCAUAAAUAGAGUCAAGUCAGGAUUUGAAGCGGCUCUUUCUGAAACGAGUGACAGUAGUACUGUGGUGCCUGGCCCCUCGUUCGUGUGUGUGUGUGUGUGUGUGUGUGUGUGUCCCUGAGAACUCCUGGGCAUGUCUCGGUGCUCAGCAUGUGGGAGGCGUGUGAGCCUGGGGUCAAAUCCUGGGGAACGGCCCCCAUGGGCCUUGGGUGCCACGGGGCUUCCUUCUGUUUGUACACUCCAUGCAGGUGGUAGAAAUCUAAGUUCUAAAGCACUUUUGUGAAAUUCAAGAAGUGAGAAUUGGAAGGAGGAUGCUGUGAUUUCUGCUGUCUCAAAUAUGUGGCAUUUACAAACAAUAAAUAUUUUUAAUGGUUUUAACUCAUACUAUUUUGGGAUUUCUUUGUUACUUUUUACAGCUUCUGAAGACCAAACUGCAAAUACGUUACCGGGGAUGGUUUUGUGUUGUGUCAUAUAGACUUACUAAAUUUGACAAAAAAUUCAACAGGACUUACAGAGAACAGCUUUGUCUGAACUUUAAAGUAAGUCAAACUGUGUUAAUAAGACUCUAUUGUCUUUACCUUCAGUGUGAACUAGUACAGUGAUUUUGAAGAGACAAAUAUGAUCAAAUGACUAUUUGAAGAGCUUUAAAAGUGGCCCUUUCUGUUACAUGUGUGCCACAGACUGCUCGUGAGCCCAGGGCACUUCUGGCCAUGCCCUGUGCCCCAUGUCUGGUGCGUGGAACCCGUGAUGAACACACACUGAGUGGUGCGAGCCCUCAGGACUGCCCCGCAGAGUGAACACAACCUCUGCGUGGUGACACGCUGGUGUUGGAGACUAGGUUGAUGUUUUUGUCUCGAUGGUCGAUGUUCAUCUUACCUUAGUAGCUAUGUAAUCCCCUGCCGUAUGUUGUGAACUGUGCAGUAAAAUGGAAUCGUGCAAGUCUGACCGUGUUCGAAGACCUGAAACACCGUGGCUCAGUUACAGCGGUGGCCGUCAGAGGGCUGUGCGGACGUGCGAGGGAGCAGUGGUGGGUGGCAGGCGGGUGUGGGAAGCGGGGCCUGGAGGGCCUCACGGUGGGCCAGUCACGUUGGCCAGGCCUGGGUCAGCGCGGGCAAGGUGCAUAGCAUGAGGUGUAUGCGGCCAAAAUGAAGGCGAGAGAGGAGAUCACUCUUAAAGAAAGACAUGAUUUCUUUGAAAUUAAAAUAAUAUCCCCGUUUUCCCAUGCAUAUCAAAGACUUGAACAGGCAUUCUAAAAUUUGAGGCUUUUAGCUUUUAAUGCUCUUUUUUUUUUUAAGCUUAAUAUUAAAUAUUUGCCUAAGUGGCUCCCAAAUUGUGCGGCAGCCUCUACAUGUUCAGUUUCUAAAGUUUCAUUGAAAGUGGUGAAGCAGUAAAGCUGUUUUUGACAUUUUGAAUUUUGCGACUAUGUGAGUAUGAAUGAAACCUGUAAAUGUUUCAGCAUUAACAUGCUUUUGGUAACACUUUUUGGAAUAAAGUUUGGGGGUUUUUGUUUUUGUUUUUUUUUUAAGUUGAUUUGGUCUUUUCUUGUGGUUGAGUUAGAGUUACUAGCACAUUCUUUGUUGUGUGGUAAAUUGAUGCAUUAGUAUUUUUGUUGAUAAUACAGUUAGCACACUAUGUUGACUAUUAGCAACUUCACCUGAUGACUUCGUAGAUUGAACACUCCUUCAUCUAUUCAUCUUUGAUCAAGAGGAGUUCCCGUCCUGGCCAGUGUGGCACAGUUGGUUGGAGUGUCAUCCUGCUGUAACCAAAAAGUUGUGGGUUCGGUCCCUGGUCUGAGUGCGUGCGACCCCAGCUUAGGUGCAAGUGGCAGGCAGUUGAUCGAUGCCUCUCUCUCACAUCGAUGUUUCUCUCCUCUCUAAAAGCAAUGAAAAAAAAUGUUCUUGGGCAAAGAUAAAAAUAAUUCUUUUUAAAAGUUCCGGAUAAUUUUUUCCAGAUGACUACACUGUCAAACAUUUUGAUUUUUUUUCCUACUGAGUAUAAUGGUAAAUUCAGCUUGUCAGUAAUUUCUCUUGCAAUUAUGUACCUUCAAGUCAUGCCUACCCCCAGGUAAAUGGUCUGGAUGUUGGUGCUUUUCCAGAUUUUUUGUAUCUGCUUUUUAACUUAAUAGCCACUCCUUUCUGUUGGGGUGAAGUUGUAUCAGCUACACUGUUGGUUCACGUGUUAAAUUGUAAGGUGCUUCCUGUGUCUAGGGGAUUGGGGUGGCUUGGUGAGGGCCACUAGGUAAGGGGGCAGUUGCUGUAACAUGUUCCAGAAACUCCAGGGCAGAAAUUAUUACAAAAGUGAAUAUCCUGAACCUCAGAAUUGAUAAAAGGACUGUUUUACACGUCAUCUGAUGAAAUUUUUACCCCACCGCAGCCGGCAUCGUAGCCCACAGACGAGGGGAGCAUGUAGAGAGUACGGUAUUCCUCAAGGUGGGGCCGGGAACGGGCCUAGAGGAGCUCCAGCUACCUCAGAGCCCGCCCCAUCUCCCCAAGGCUGGUUCCCAACUUAGUCCAUGUAGCAACUGAGGUUUCCCAUAGGGAACUUUCUUCCAGAUGAGCAUAUCUGAUUUUGAAGCAGAAGUUGGGAAUAUCUAAAUUCCCAUCUCUGUUCAAUCCAUUCUUCAUACUGCUGACAGUAAUUAUUUCAGGUGAAACGACCCAGCCUCUGCCACCUUGGCUCGUCUCCAGCUACAACUGCCCUGCCCAGUCACUGCCCUCCGCCCCAGGACCUCUCUGUACUCAGCCCCUGGCCUGCACCCGAGCAGAGUGCCCCACCCUGAGCACUGCCCCCUGCCCUGAUUCACUCACUCAGCAACUCCUGAGGACUCGAGGUUGGGGUCAAAAGUCACUUCUGGGAAGACAGCUCAUGCGUGCAGGAAGGACCCUCUUAAAUGUUCUUAGGCUUCGACAUCCCUGUUUCAACGGUGAUGACUCGAUGCCUCUUGCGCCUUUCAAAUGCCAGCUCCCCGAGGCAGGGAUCUGCCCUGGUCCACGGUGUUCCCAGUGCCUGGCACAGGAGCUGACACCUGGUAGAUACCUGAUACUCAGUUCUUCAAGAACUGAGAGAGUGAAGGGACACAUGGAUAUUCAGGAUUCCAGCAUUCUGGAAUAUCCCGUCUGACCAUUCCUUGAUGGGCCAUGGAGGUUAAGGAAAGAAUUUUUACGCUGCUCGAGCUGCCAUAACGAAAUACCAUAGACUGGGUGGCUUAAAAAUGACAUUUCUCACAGUGCUGGGGGCUGGGAAGUCCAAGAUCAAGUGCGGGCAGAUCUGGUUCUUGGCGACAGGCCUCUUGGUGUGCAGACUUGUCAUGGAAGGGAGAGAAACUCGUGAUCUCAUCUAAACCUCAUUAUCCACCAAAGGCCCACUUAUAAACACGUUGGGAGGGGGCAAGGCUUCAGCCCACUAGUUUUGGCGGGGCACAAACGAAGUCCAUAAUGUACGAGCUACGUGGCUGAUUAGUGUGGAUUUUCCUCUCAGUCAGCUCUCCUUUAGUCUGAGAAAUGUCUGGCCAACUUCAGAUAAAAAAAGUUCGUGCGUGAGUCAGGAUUGUACGAGUGUGUACAGGCAUUCCAUUUUUCUUAUCCCUCUGCACUGUGUGUGAAUUGUGGAACUAAGCUGGAUGGAGUUGACCAAGAGGGCAAGAAGCAAGUUUCUUAGAGUCGUUGACCAUGGUUCUGUCACUGUAGGAGAGCCACCAAGGUGUAACUCGUGCUUCCUGAGAGCAAACGCCUCUACCUUUAAUCAAGGAACUCAUUUCUCUCCCAAAGGUCACCGUAUCUGUAGUAACGGGUGGCUCCUGAUGAGAGCGUUCUCUUUUGUUGGGGAAAAAGGAAGCUUCAGAACUUUCUGCUGAACCCCUCUCCUACUUUUCUGGGAAAAGGGUGAUUUAAAACAGAAACGGUCAGGGUUUCUUGGGUUCCUCACUGCUCCCUCCUCACUAGGAAAGAUCCAUAGAGGUUUCAAGAAGGACGGAGUGGGAAAAAGUGGGUAUGUGUGGGAACCAAGUACAGUACUUCUCCCUUGUAAUGUGUGCGUAGGGUACGUAGGGUACGAGGGUAAAGAGUAGAGAUGGUAGGUGGGGGCCUGGACUGGGAGGUGCAGGAGGUUUGAGCCAGCGGAGGCGAGGGCCAAGGGGAUGAAAUGCUUGCUGUUGCCGCUUGGAGCUCUUCGAAGCCAGAGCAGGACAGCUGGCUGCUUCUGUGUCUGGGGGCGAAGCUAAAUAAAUACAUUGGAGUCUUUGUAAACUCAAACUGGAGAAAAACAGACUUCCCAAGUUCAGUUUGUGCCUUUUAUAGUUUCUUGUUUAGCAAAUUUGCCUUACAUCUGCUCAGUACUAUAAAACUGCCCUUACUUAAAGACAAAUCAUUUUGAAUUACGAGUCUAGACGUGUGGAAAUACAGAGCAUUGGGUGCCUGAAACAAGUUCAACGUCCAAACGCAAAGCUCCCUGGAUGCCUCCGUGACCCCUGUGGCCCGCGCCGGCUGUCUCAACCCCUGUUCUCUCCGCGCUGUUCGUGCUGCACCUCCCUGUGAAUUUAUUGAGGGCAGGACUGGCUUCUGAUCUUGGUAUCCACAGACUAGAGAUCCUCAUACCUAUUCAAUGAAUAAACCAUAGUCUGAUCCCAGGUGUUGUCUUUAUCACUCGUACUCUCCCUGUUGCAGGAACUAUUUGAGUUUCUUAGAAUAUGUCCUAAAAAUCACGGGGGAAUAAUGCACAGUGUAUGAUUCCGUUCACGCAGAUCUGUGAGAGGAAAACAGCGGUUGCCUCUGGGAGGGCGGGGGAAGGGACUCGCUGGGAAGGGGCGUGAUGAGGGAACGUUCCGGGGUGGUGGUGGUAAUCGACAUCCUGAUACGGGUCUGAGUUCCACAUAUGUAUACAUUUGUAUAAACUUAGAGGACAUGCUGUUUAUAUUUGUGGGCCUUGAUCAUGGGGAAACUUCAAUAAAAAACACUGAACUUUAGUUAAUGAUGUGUAUUGCUGAGGGCUUUUGGAAGGAUAGGUACAGCUAUCUGCAAUUUAUUCAAAAUACACAAAUUAAGAUGGAUUGAUGGAAUAUUAGAUAAGUGAUAAAGCAAGUGUAAUAAAAUGUUCAUGGUGUAAUCUUGGUAAACAAAUGUUGGCUGUAAAAUUCAACUUUAUUGUAUGUUUGCACAUUUCAUAAUAAAAUGUUGAGAAAUCA